AUGACUUGUUUAAAAUCUUCUAUUAAAGAGAUCAUACAAAAAAUUUUAAUUAGUUCCGGUGAAUCAUUUCAUACAUCUGAUCUUGUAUUAGAAUUAAUUUAUGAUUAUAUACGUAUAAAUGCUAAUCAAAUGUUAUUCUAUUUAUCCAUAACUAAAUUACCAGAAUUAUAUGAUUUAUUAAAUUUAUGCAAACAUCAACCAAUUCGUUUAAUUAGAAUUGUAAAAUAUUUUCGUACAAUAUGUACUAGUUCAUUUAUUAAAACAAAUGGAUUAAGUAUAAUGAAUGAAAAACAAUUAUCAUCAUUAUCAAUAAUCAUGAUGAUGAUGAUGAUGACGAAUAUAAGAAAACCAAAUCAUAUAUUACCUAAUUCUAAAUGUUUCAAUUCUUUUCUCCCUCAUAACAAUUCAAAUUGGAUACGUUUAAAUAAAUUAUUUCAUCAAUUAUCUAUCCCUUUACCAACUAUUCAUCAUCAUCAUCAUAAGGAUAAUUCAUUUUGGCAAUUGUAUCCAUUGAAAUUCAAACAAAUUUAUUAUCAAUUAUAUAAAGGUAAAUUAUUACGUUUAACAAGAAUUGAUUUAAUGACAUGUAAUGAAUCUAUUGAGAAAUUUUUAUCAUUUCAUCGUUUAAGACAAUCAGCUAGUUUAUUAAAUUUAACUAAAUCAUGUAAUUUAAAAAAAUUUCUUUAUUGGUUUUACUAUUGUACAUUGAAUAAUAAUCAUAAUCAUGAUGAAAAUAAAAUUACAUUGAAAACUAUCAAUGAAAAAUAUUUGAAAAUGUUACAUAAUAGUAUGACAUGUUCUACUACUACUACUACUACGACCUCCUCCUUCUGCUCUUCGUCGUCAUCAUCUUUGACCAUCGAUUCGACAGUAUCAUCUGGGUCAUCAUCCUCAUCCUCAUCAUCAUCACCUCAUGAAGGUUUACAUAUACUUGCUUAUUUAUUAAAUGGUGAUAUCUUAGAUAUAAUUGAUAUGAUUUUAUUUAAUCGACAAAAAUUAAAUAUUAAUUUAACAUCACCUAUUACACCAAUUGAAAUUAAACAAGUUUUACAUCUAUUUACUAAUAUAUUGUAUCCAAGACAAUGAACAAUCUCAUCAUCAUCAUGCAUAUAGAUCUAUUAAGAUUUGUUGUAGAUAGUUCUCUUACUUGAAAUUCUGUUUUCCAUCUAGAUCUAUUCAAAUGAUAUAUGUGAUAGAUGAUUUAGAUCAAGUUUUGUUCUUUGAAAUUGAAUGGUUCACUACUAUAGAUGAGAGUAUUCAUGAUAUUUCCUGAACACAAUAUCAUCAAUA